GUCGGAGAAUUGGAAUUGAAUCUUCUCUCUCUGGCCCUGUUCAAGAUUCUAUGCUUCUCUUCAUAUGUUUAUAUUAAGACAUUGUAGCAUAUAGUAUGAUACAACAAGAGAUAGUACACACCUAGCAGAGAAAGGACUACAGAUUAUGCAGUAAUUAAGCAACAUUCGGCCUAAAUUAAUUCGUCGAAUUGUAAGCAGGAAUGUAUCAUCAUCAGCAAGGGAAGAGCUUUCAAGCUUCAACAAGAAUGUCGGAGUACGAGGAUUCAGGGCUUGUACUCUCCACGGAUGCUAAGCCGAGGUUGAAGUGGACUCCGGACCUGCAUGAACGCUUCAUCGAAGCAGUCAAUCAGCUCGGCGGAGCAGAGAAAGCCACUCCAAAAUCAGUAUUGAAACUAAUGGGAAUUCAAGGCCUCACUUUAUACCACUUGAAGAGUCACCUUCAGAAAUACAGGCUGAGUAAAAACAUUCAUGGACAAGCAUACAAAAAUUCCAUGCCGCCGGAAAGCGGAGCACAAAUCCCAAACACAGUAAACCAGACAAAUAAAAACAUGCACUUAGGCGAAGCCAUAGAAAUGCAGAUUCAAGUGCAAAGAAGGCUACACGAACAGCUCGAGGUGCAGCGGCAUUUGCAGCUGAGGAUCGAGGCUCAGGGAAAAUAUCUGCAGUCUGUGCUAGAGAAAGCGCAGGAGACCCUCGGGGGUCAGAACAUGGGAACAAUCGGGCUCGAGGCAGCUAAGGUUCAGCUAUCCGAUCUGGCGUCAAAGGUCUCCACGCAAUGUUUGAAUGCUGCAUUCCCACAGCUAUCAGAUCUGUGCCUGCACCCAGCAGAUUGCUCCAUCGACAGCUGCUUGACCUCGUCGUCCACUCUCAGAGACCAGGAAUCGUACAAUAAUCAUGUUGGCUUCAGACAGGCACGCAAGGAAAACAACAACAACAUGAGUGAUUCAGCCUGCAUGAAGCAGAGAUGGCGCGGCGGCGACGUCAAAGAUGGCGGAAUGUUUGACAAUCUGUCGAUUGGGAUCGGAGUUCAUGAAGCAGAUGAUAUGAUGAAAGUUGAGAAGACGAAUAAGACGAUGACAUCGAACCAGAUGCAGUUGCCCUUGUUUUCGAGCAAACUGGAUCUUAACACAGACGACGCGGGCUCAAGCUGCAAGCAGUUGGAUUUGAACGGCUUCACCUGGUGCUGAUGCAUAGGAACAUAUGUACCUAAAUGGGUUGAUAUGAUGCAAUUCAGAUCAUAAUAUAGUACUAUUUCGUAGUUUCUUUA